UAAAAAAAAACAUUGAAAGCGUCUGAGCACAGCAGCUGCAGCUUCAGGGAGAUUCUUCUACUCUACAACAAUGAGUGAAUCACUGGUGGUCUGUGAGGUUGACGAGGAUCUGGUUAAGAAGCUGAAGGCUUUCCGUUUCAGAAAACAAACCAGUAAUGCUGCCAUUGUCAUGAAAAUCGACAAAGCCACACAGAAGGUGGUUCUAGAAGAGGAACACGAGGACAUUUCUGUGGAGGAGUUAAAGGACGAACUACCAGAGAGGCAGCCGAGAUUUGUGGUGUACAGUUACAAAUACGAACAUGAUGACGGGCGUGUUUCCUAUCCCCUCUGCUUCAUCUUCUCCAGUCCAUUAGGUUGUAAAAUGGAGAUGCAGAUGAUGUACGCAGGAAGUAAAAACGAACUGGUGAAUACUGCUGAACUAUCAAAGGUGUUCGAGGUCAGAAACACUGAUGACCUUUCAGAGGACUGGCUCAGAGAGAAACUCAGCUUCUUCGGCUAAAGUCGUUUCAUGUCAUGGGGUCUGGGCUGCGAGGAGGAUCCAGAUUGCACAACCCAUGGCUUCUCUUUGGGAGAUCACACUACAGUUAAACUUCCCCUCCUUUUUACACCAGACCUGAUUUAAAUAGUGAGAACAAAUGCUUUCUGUGCUCCGUUUUAGGUCUCUGCCGGUCAAAAUCCCAGCAUAUCCCAGACCAGUUAGAGAUUUUUACAUUUUCUCUGAGCUAACCAAGCCUCACCUCUCCGUUAGCCUAAAACUGAGACGGCUAUUUGACGCAGGUCUGUUUUUUGACUCCUGAACAAUCUCUCCAUGUGCCAGUAACGUGUCUGUGUUGAAUUAACACUCCCAUAGCUCUUAAUGUGGACAGAAAUGAUAGAACCCAUCCGCCUUCCUCUGCAUCUUCGGUCAGGAGAUGUAUUGGCUGUAUAUAGAGACGGAUGACAUGCUUCCAGCUCCUUCUGUUGUACAAAAGUGAAGCCAAAAUACCCCCAUGAUAGGUGCUUAUAUCUUAUGUAAGUCCCCCAACCAAAACUGACUGUAAACCUCGCCACAAGGUCCUCAUCCCUAGUGCUGACGAUAUACAAACAUAACACUACUUUGCUCAUCUGAGGUUUAUUUUCUGUUCAUUUGCUUCCUGUUUUGACAUUAUGGUGACCCAUCCAUCCUCUUCUGCUUCCUCUGCAAGCCGACCCUUACAUCCCUCGCACAGCAAUGCUUUCCAAGUUCAAGGCAUUUCUCAGGUCAGAUGGGAUAUAUAAUGCCUCAAGUGAGUUCUGGGUCUCCCAUGGGGUCUCCCAGUAGGAUGUCCCGGGAAGACAUCCACAGGGAGGCACCCACAUGAGGUUUCUGAACCCCCUCAACUGGCUCCUUAUGAUGGGAUAAAUGAUCCUCAGUCUGUAACUUUUGUUUCAUUUUGAAGGUGGCUGUGCAUUUGUGUCGAUCUGACGUUUCACAGCUCUGCUAAAAAUAGACUUAAUGUUUAUCACGAGUCAAACAAAGUGGCUCUUGGUACGCACAGGGGACGGAAGAAAGGCUGUGUUUUACUCUGGAGAGAAUGGCUAAUGCACUUUGUGGAAAUUGCAGGUUGCAGAUUAAGUGCCAAAGCUCCUUUGGGUGGAACAGAAAAGAUUCUGGUGUCUGUUUGAAGCAGAGUCUCGUGACUCCGGUGUUACAGCGUGUCUUAAAAGCAAGCAAUGCAAGCAAGCAGCAGCGACAAAAUCAGCUUGUUUUGCUUCCUGUGACAGUUUCCCAAUAUUUUGUAGCACAAUGCAGAGAAAGGGUUCUACCACGAUGCUCUGUUUCUGGUUUCCUUACUACCGCUUGCACAGACACUGGUAAGGCCCUGGAGGUGUCCAGAAGGUAGAUUGUUUUGAUGACUUUUGAUUUUUGUGUAAGAAGUUGUCCUUAAACUUGUUGGCGGGGAGGCAAGACUACUCAGCUCAACACUGUCAGAGGUGCAACAAUACAAAGCACAAUGCUUCUGUUUCUCCGCCUUCAAAAUAAAAGAGACGUCAUUCUGUUUACUGGAAUGGAUGUUUAAUAGAUACCAUGUUGAUCUCUUUAAACAGAUCCAGAAUGAUAUCUGAUGCUUGGGUGCUGAGAUUUGGGAGAUUCCUCUCACCGUUCCAUCCCUACUAUGAUAAUCUAAUGCACACGGCACAGUAGGAGCUUCAUUGGUCAACAGAGCUGUCAAUCAUAGUAUAAUGCUCCUAAACUUUUCAGAGAAACAAACACUAGUACCUAAAUCAGAUCAACAUGAUUAAGAAGAAUUUAUUUGAUUUUAAAGUUACACUCAUGUCCCUUUUAUAACAUAGAGGAGGCGGGGCUUAUGAGCUAUACUGCACUCAGUCAGCAGGGGGAGCUCCACGUGUUUUGGCUUCACUUUUAUGUCGUCCAUCUUUAUAUAGAGUCUAUGGUAUCAAAACUUUCUGUUUCUAUUAUUAGUUUACAGUCUUUUUAACCUCUUAAGUUUCACCUUUUUAUGUUCGAUUUAUGAUUUGAGGGAGUUUUACUUUUAGAUUAUUUCCUAGUGUUUGUUGGUUUAUGUAAGCAAAUACUUUAUAGCAGUUUUUUUCCCCUUUUUUUUGUUAAAGAACAACUUCCUGCCAUAGUUCAGCGACCAAAACAUAGUCAGUCUCUCCUUCAGUCCUUCAGUAUUAAUCUAAGGGCAUUUUGUUUUUAAAUUCACUCCAGUCUAUAAAAGAACAACAUUCAGACCAGUUGAAGGAAUGCUGCAUUCACGUGCUGCUUGGAUGCUCCGACUUUCCAAAUUGUCUUCCCAAUGCCAGAUUUUUAUGGGAACAACAGGGACCCUGUAAGAAAAAGAUGUCUUGAUUUUACCACUCAGAAACCUAACUAGGUCACUUUAACGGGCAUUAACGCAGCUCUACAAACAUAUUCAAAAUUGCAAUUAGGAGAAAUGAGCCAAAAAGUUAAAUUGCAAUUUGUGAAUCAACACAAGUCUGCCACUUUUCUCCCCAUAUGAUGAGUCGUUUGCAGUCAGCCCUGUAAGAAGGAAACACAAUUCCCAAUUCUUUAAAAGUAGGUGUUUAAAAAUGAUAAAAUCUCUAUUAUUUUACUGAUCCAUGAUAGCAAACAGUACUAAAAUAAUUCUGAUCAAUAAGACCAGGUCUACAGUGAGAUGAAAUCCACAGAAAUUGCGACAAAAACUUUUUUUUGCUGUCUAAAUUUCACAAAACAUUUGCAAAUUUUCUGCAUUUGCAUUAUUUCCAUUGGUAACUAUACUAUAGAAAACAUAAUCCAUGCUCAAUCCUUGGAUUACAUUCUGUGAUAUUUUGAGGUUGCAGAAUUGUUCACCAUGUUGCAAAACUUAAAAAACUGAAUUAUUUUAAAAAAUAGGUGUGGUAUUGUGAUGGCCCACAUUUCCUUGUUAUAAGCUUUCCAGUCAGAAACAAGUUUUUCCAAUAUUUUUCCAACAACACAUGAAUGCAGCGUUAUUUCUGAUGCCUUCUCUUACUCUGUGAACUUGGACAAGCUGGAACAGGAGGCGCUGCAGCGUUGCUUAUCACGGUUUUGUCUGUUUGAAGAAACAACAGUCAUGAUAAGCACAGCUGCAUACUUUAGAUGAUAUCUCUCCUGAAACACAACAUAAACUGCUCAAACAUUCCAGUUCAUAACUGACGACAAACCUCCAUGACAGUUUGGAAACACUGCACACAGAGUGGCGGCGACCUGCAGCCGCUCUGGUUUGAUGUGUCUUUCUUUAGAGAGAUUGUUAGAUAAUGUCGUGCUUUAUAGCCAGUGCUGUUAUUAGUGUUGGUGAAUGUUGUGCUCCAUUAAAAACCGCCGGGUUUUUCUCAGCGCCGGUUGCAGCCUUCAGAGCGAUGGCUGUGACUUCUCAAAAUGCCAGUAGUGCUUCAUUUUUAGACUUUGUAGGUAAAAGAUAGCAUGAGGGGGGAUUCAUAAGAACUUACAGAGCAGGGGUGAAGACUUAUGUGCAGCUUUUUGAAGGCUGAUAUUUGUGCAUUAAAUAAUCACACCGCCCACAAAUCUUGAAAAUAGCAUUGGUGCAGUCCUUACAUUUUUGCAUAGAUGUCUCGAAAAUGACACAAUCUGAGUUCAGAUGUGGAGCCGCAACAUUAAAUCAAUUAGUUCUCAAUUAUUAGACCAAUCACUAUCUAUUUUGUUAACCAAUUAAUUCGUUUAAGUAACUUUAUUUAGAAAAAUGCCCUGAUUUCAGCUUUUUGAAUGUGAAUAUCUCCAGGUUUCUCUUCUCCUAUAUGAACUUAAACCAGAUAUUUUUUCAGUUUUGACAAAAACAAGACAUCAAGAUUUACUGAUGGAUAUUUUCUGACAUUUUUAGAGACUAAACAAGUUUUCUCCAAAGAAUAUGCCAUUGAUUGGUCAGUAGCAGAAAUAAAAAUAACAUGGGGGUAGAUUUAUAUGUAAAACAAUGGGUAAUUCCAACAGCUUCACAGUGCUUUCACAACUAUGGUGGUUCUCAACUGGUGGAUCUGGACCCAAAAGUGGGUUGCGGAGCACUUUCCAGUGGGUGGCGAAAAGUCUGAAGUACUGAAGUCUUUAGUGGACCCCGUUUUACUGUGAAAAUGGGUCAGUUUAGUUGUUUUAUCACUAUUUCAACUUUUAUCUCCUUUUCUUGCAAUGAAAAAGCUGCUUCUCCCAUGAUAAUGACAUUGUUUCUCAAGAUGUUUGGGAAAUUUGCAAAAAAAUUUACAUGUUAUGAAGGGGAAAGGGGGCAUAAAUCUUGUCAAUUUUGUUCAUGUUCAUUUUUACUAUGAUAUUUUUGGUCCAAUAAAGCUCCAAACUGCAACGUAUUCAGUUAACUAAACAUGCAUUAUUUAAGAUUUUUGGAAAUUUGGCUCAUGAUUUGUCAUUAGAGACACUGGUGAGGAUAGGCCAGCUGAGAACCACUGAUGUAAAGCAAUGGCUUUAUAAAUGAGACAAUAAAUUAGAAGUAGGGAUGCAUGAUAUUGGGUUUUUGCCAAUAUUUACAGAUUAAUUUUAGCUGAUACCGAUAUUUAAAUAUGUUUAACAUAACUAAAAAUUCAGUCCUUUGAACAUGAUUUAAGGUUUGAGGAUGAAAAAAGAAACUCUUUUUCUGAACACACUUUAAAGUUUAAAGAAUGAGGAUGAACUCAGAAAAAGAUCUCAACCUACAUAGAUCUGUUGCUCCAGCCUAAACCCCCACUAACUUAUUAGUGUGUUUGGCCAAAUUUACAGUCCAUUUAUGCUGAUAUUCACGCCCAAAAUAUUGGAUGUAAAUAUCUGCAGAAUUUUUUAUAUCUGACGUGACCGAAUUUUUGCCUUUUUUAGCUAACGUCUGCCAGUACAGAUAUCAGGCUGAUAAUAUUGUACAUCCCUAAUUAUAAGUAUAAAUUGUGAGUUGCAGACCUAGUCUGCAUCAGUUUUAGCUCAGAGCACAUAAUGAAAACAUUACAAAUGUCACUUUUCAAACACUUGAAGACUCUUAAAUGUUUUUUGGCAUUUUUUCCUCAUAACUUUAUCUUGUAGUUAUUGGUUUCCUGCCAAGAAAUCUUCUAAAACAAGAUUUGAACCAGUCAGAAACAAUAAUUUGCUAAAAUACAAACUUCUAAGUCAUUGUAAGCUACUUAAAAGCUUAAUAUCAGCCCUGCGUUCUGGUCUGACCUGGUGAACAGCUACAAUCAUAGAUAAAUCCACCAAUAAGUGAUCUAUCAGUCAUUAAAUCUGAGGACUGCAGCUGAUUGGAAAUCCCUGAGGCUGAAAAUCACCACCUCCUGAGUAAUGUCAAACUGCUAAGUCUACCAUACGAAUGCCUUGUCUUAAAUUUAUUACUUUGUCAUAUUUAUGUCUGUAACACAAGGAUAAUGUGUCCAAAAUAAAAAUACAUUUUCCAAUGGAAGAUAAUUCCAUUUUUCUGUUAUUGGGGGGAUUUUUAGGUUAUUUUAUACCAGUAAAUAAUUUGUUUUGAGCUUCCCGAUGUUUAGACAUCCCCUGUUUUCUUUAAAUCUUGAUAAAAAAAUCUUUAUAGUUUCUUUUUGUGUAAAUCUGACUGAAAGUUGCACAAUCAUCCUGUUAGACAUGAGUCAUCCACAGGAACACUGAUGUGAGACAUAGAGGUUAAUAUUAACACUGUUGGCUUGACAUUUUGCUGCUGUAGCACAUUAACAUAACUCCAGCAUGGGGGGUUCUCAUGUUUAAAGGUUUCUGCUGUUACUGAAGCUGAAGUUUGUGCUGCCCUUUAUGGGUUUAGGAAGUUUUAUGAGUCUAUAAACAGGGUUGGGAAUUAACUUUUCUGUCUACCUGUCGCUGUGGCUCAUGGAUGAAAAAUCUACCAGCCAGUUAUGUCUGCAGGGAUGUAUAAUAAUAACAUGAUUUAAUAAUGAAAUGGUAUUGUGUUCGAGGAAUAUGCUAUUUCACAAACAAAAAUUCAGCUAUUAAAGAGAAGAAUUACAUAUUUAUGCCCCAACUCAUUAAAUCCCAUUUCCUGAUAUGAUUUUUUCAUAAUGAAAGUAUUUCAACAACUUAACAACAGGGGAUUUCUUCCAUCUAAACUGUUUUGGAAAUAAAAGUGUUUACCAAAGCAGAGGAUUUCACAGUUACAGCAUGCCCUAACUGAAAGUGAUAGAAGCAGGUGUCAGCUCCCAAAUCAGCGUGUUUACAUUGCCUUAAUGUAGUAUCCUGACUGCUACAUGGUGCAAUGCAGCACAAUGCAGUGCAUUGUUAAUCCCUCAUCACCCUGCUCCUACUUUCCUCUCUGUUGCUUGCGUUGACCUGAACGAAGAACAAGGAAAAGGAGAGAUGGCAAGGUACCAGGGCUUGUUAGCUUGUUUUACAAAGUGGAGACAGUCGUGCUCUGACUCAUGACAACACAGAGGCAAAACCAUGUGGCUCAGAGCCGUUGAAUGCUCUUCAGUACAAAGCACUUGUCCUCUGUUUCUCUGCAUUCAAAAUCAAAGAGCUGGAUGUCAGAUUGUUUAACAAAGGGGAGCAGAAAUUCACAAAGUGCAGAAUUACAUAUUUAUCUGAUGCAGUGUGGAAUGCAAGCUUGCUAUGCUGCAGUAUGCAACAUGAUGUCUGAUGCACAUGCAGUUAUAACACAGUGUUAUAGUAGUUGCAGCCGCUCCAUUGACCACUAUUCACCGCCACAGCCUGCCUCUUUGCGAGACAUCAGUUUUCAGCAGGUAGACCCCUAGAACUGGAGAUGCAAAUUCAUGUCGUGUUGAGCUUUAAAGGGGGCAUAUUUUACCCUCUUAAGACAAGUAUUUAUCGGUCUCAGGGGUCCCCAAAACGUGCUUGUGAAGUUUGUUGCUGGAAAAAAAACACUCCAGUACUGGACUUUUGCAUGUCUAAAAGCCCCUCUGUUUCAGCCCUGCUCACAGUGUCUGUGGCUUUAAAUGUUACUAAGCUGUCUAACUCCGCCCUUGUCUGACUCCACCCCUCCUCUUAGCUGGUAGCUGAGAGGAGGAUCAGGAGAGGAGGGCGGAACCUUCUUCCAAGUGGGAAGGGCUAGCUGAAUGUGGGGGUGGGGCUAACUCCCCAUAUGACAUCAUGAGGGGAAAAUCUGUCAAUGGCUUGUUUCAGCACACAUUUUCUGAAAGGUGGAGGGUUGGGAGGGUAGAUUUUUCUGGUACUUGAGGGGAUUAUGGACAGGCCAGGGGAACAUAUUUGUGUUAGAAAAGCCUGAAAAGAAUUUUUGCAUAAGAUGUCCCCUUUAACAAUGCUGAGUUUAGCCUUUGUAGCAUGUAGCCUGUCAUUGCUCACACACAAGUAGGCCACAAAAGUCUUUGAAAGUAUAGAAGCACCAGCUCUGCUCACAAAGUCUGAUCAGAAUAGGCAGAAAACUGGAAUUAAGUUUACUUUUUAAUGUGACAUAUCGCUCUGUUACUUCUAUUCACCCUCCACUGUGGCUGGUAGGUUGAGCAGUUUCACCUAACAUGGCACAUUAACGUUAAUUUCCAACCCUGUUCGUCUUCAAAAUUCUUUAAAAGCUGUGGUAAAUUUACAAAAAAUGCAUUCAAUGUGAAAUUAAGAGCGUCUUUUCUUUAAAUCUAUUACGUUUUGCAUUUAAUCCAUAGUGAUUUAUGUGAUUAAAUUAUAUUUAUCUGUUAACUUUUGAAACUGAAUUCUUGAAACCUCUCAAAUGUGGACAGCUACUGUAAAAGAACUGCAUGCUUUAAUGUAUGUCUGAACAAUUUCCAUGAGUUUCUGAAUGAACUUGCUGCUUUUGCAUGCAUUUUCUCCAGAUUAUUUUAAAUUAACUCGUAAACUUAUUCGCACAUAAAUUUGUAAAAAUCUGGUCUCAGCUAUGUUCCUACUCUUUCUGACAAACUGACAGAACUUUUUUGAUCUAUGGACAGACUCCCUGAAUAUCUACUCGUUUUGUUAGGAUUUGAGUAUCUGGUUACGUCCUGUGGAUCUGAUAGAUUUCCUUCCUGUUUGGUCAGCCUUCUUGUGUUUUAAACCUCUUUGGUCUUUAACUUCUACACUCCUGUUGUCUUCUCUGAUUAAAUAACUUCUAUUUUCAUUCCUUUGUAAUAAACCUGAGACGUGUAUCAUAACCAGCUGCCUCAUAGCAUAAGUGAAACUUGAGAUAUUUGUAUUUUUCCCAUACUUUAUAAAGUGUCUAUUGUCCUCUUGUCCAAAUAAAAUGACAGUGAUGUUUGA